AUGGAGUGGGGUUACCUGUUGGAAGUGACCUCGCUGCUGGCCGCCCUGGCGCUGCUGCAGCGCUCAAGCGGCGCGGCGGCCGCCUCAGCCAAGGAGCUGGCGUGCCAAGAGAUCACCGUGCCGCUGUGCAAAGGCAUCGGCUACAACUACACCUACAUGCCCAACCAGUUCAACCACGACACGCAGGACGAGGCGGGCCUGGAGGUGCACCAGUUCUGGCCGCUGGUGGAGAUCCAGUGCUCGCCCGACCUCAAGUUCUUCCUGUGCAGCAUGUACACGCCCAUCUGCCUGGAGGACUACAAGAAGCCGCUGCCGCCCUGCCGCUCGGUGUGCGAGCGCGCCAAGGCCGGCUGCGCGCCGCUCAUGCGCCAGUACGGCUUUGCCUGGCCCGACCGCAUGCGCUGCGACCGGCUCCCCGAGCAGGGCAACCCUGACACGCUGUGCAUGGACUACAACCGCACCGACCUCACCACGGCCGCGCCCAGCCCGCCGCGCCGCCUGCCGCCGCCGCCGCCCGGCGAGCAGCCACCCUCGGGCAGCGGCCACGGCCGCCCGCCCGGAGCCAGGCCCCCGCACCGCGGCGGCGGCAGGGGCGGGGGCGGCGGGGACGCGGAGUCGCCCCCAGCUCGAGGCGGCGGCGGCGGCGGGAAGGCGCGGCCCCCUGGCGGCGGCGCGGCUCCCUGCGAGCCAGGGUGCCAGUGCCGCGCGCCCAUGGUGAGCGUGUCCAGCGAGCGGCACCCACUCUACAACCGCGUCAAGACAGGCCAGAUCGCCAACUGCGCCCUGCCGUGCCACAAUCCCUUCUUCAGCCAGGACGAGCGCGCCUUCACGGUCUUCUGGAUCGGCCUGUGGUCGGUGCUCUGCUUCGUGUCCACCUUCGCCACCGUCUCCACCUUCCUCAUUGACAUGGAGCGCUUCAAGUACCCCGAGCGGCCCAUCAUCUUUCUCUCGGCCUGCUACCUCUUCGUGUCGGUGGGCUACCUGGUGCGCCUGGUGGCGGGCCACGAGAAGGUGGCGUGCAGCGGCGGCGCGCCGGGCGCUGGCGGCGCGGGGGGCGCGGGGGGCGCGGCGGCGGCGGCAAGCGCGGGCGCGGCGGGCGCGGGCGCGGGCGGUCCCGGCGGGCGCGGCGAGUACGAGGAGCUGGGGGCCGUGGAGCAGCAUGUGCGCUAUGAGACCACCGGCCCGGCGCUGUGCACCGUGGUCUUUUUGCUCGUCUACUUCUUCGGCAUGGCCAGCUCCAUCUGGUGGGUGAUCCUGUCGCUCACUUGGUUCCUAGCGGCGGGCAUGAAGUGGGGCAACGAAGCCAUCGCGGGCUACUCGCAGUACUUCCACUUGGCCGCGUGGCUCGUGCCCAGCGUCAAGUCCAUCGCCGUGUUGGCGCUCAGCUCGGUGGAUGGCGACCCGGUGGCGGGCAUCUGCUACGUGGGCAACCAGAGCCUCGACAACCUGCGCGGCUUCGUGCUGGCUCCGCUCGUCAUCUACCUCUUCAUCGGCACCAUGUUUCUGCUGGCAGGCUUCGUGUCGCUCUUCCGCAUCCGCUCGGUCAUCAAGCAGCAGGGCGGCCCCACCAAGACGCACAAGCUGGAGAAGCUCAUGAUCCGCCUGGGCCUCUUCACCGUGCUCUACACCGUGCCCGCCGCCGUCGUGGUCGCCUGCCUCUUCUACGAGCAGCACAACCGUCCGCGCUGGGAGGCCACGCACAACUGCCCGUGCCUGCGGGACCUGCAGCCAGACCAGGCGCGCAGGCCCGACUACGCGGUCUUCAUGCUCAAGUACUUCAUGUGCCUCGUGGUGGGCAUCACCUCGGGCGUGUGGGUCUGGUCCGGCAAGACGCUCGAGUCCUGGCGCUCGCUGUGCACCCGCUGCUGCUGGGCCAGCAAAGGCGCCGCGGUGGGUGGGGGCGCGGGUGCCACGGCCGCGGGGGGUGGCGGCGGGCCGGGGGGCGGUGGCAGCGCGGGGCCCGGCGGGGGCGGGGGGCCGGGCGGCGGCGGGGGCUCCCUCUACAGCGACGUCAGCACCGGCUUGACGUGGCGGUCUGGCACGGCCAGCUCCGUGUCUUAUCCAAAGCAGAUGCCAUUGUCCCAGGUCUGA